UUUUGAAUUCGACUUUUGUGUUUUUUUUUCAUUUGAUUUUUUUUUAUAAAAACUUUUUCAAAUUAUCAUCAAAUCAUGGGACAAGUUGUUACUUGUUUUGGAACAAAAUCCACUGGCGAUGCAACUGCUAACAUAUUGACGACAACAACAACAAAUGAAACAAAAACCAAAAAAGAAAAAAAAGUAAAAGAAAAAAAAGAAAAACCACCGAAAAAAGAACCAAAAGAAAAACCAGUGAAAGAAGGAAAAUCUAAAUCCAAAACUUCAAAAGAUUCAAAAGAUAAUAAUAAAGAUGCAAAUGGUAAUGUUGUUGAACAAAAACAAACCGAUUCAAAAGAUUCAAAAACAACAACAAAAUCAUUGAAUGGUAAUAGUAAAAGUGGUUCAGCAAGUACGGCCAAAGUUCGUCCAAUGACACCAUCUCAAGCAGCAGCAUCAGAAAAUAUACCUAAACCAGUUGCAUUUGAAAUUACUGUUGAUGAAAAGACAAAAAAAUUGACCAAUGUUGUUAUCAAUGAUGGUGAAUCGAUUCGUGAUAAAAUUAUUAAAGGUGUUGGAUCAUUAGUUGGUAUGAAUGGUGGUGGUGGAAAUAGUGGUGCGAAUAAUGGUAAUAAUACACUUUCUAAUGCCACUCAAACUAAUGGAAAUCAAACGGAUGUGACAACAACAACAACAACAAACAACACUAACAACAAUGAUGAUGAAACACCACUUGCAUCAGAUCCAUCAAAAUUACAGGCACGUUUUCCAAGACGUUUACCAAAAUUAAGUUCAUUAGGAAAAUCAUGGUCAACAAAUCAAGAACAAAAAACUAAUGAAGAAAUUAUACAAAAACAGAAAAAAGCUGAAGAAAAACGUAAUGAAAUACUUGAAGGUAAAAAAAAGAAAGCAAGAAAAUUUGUUGAAAAAUUUUCAACAAAUAAUAAUAAUAAUAAUAAUAAAAAUCAAGAUGAUGAUCAAGAAAAUGAGAUUGAUUCUAAUGAUCAACAACAAUUACGACCACCAUCAUCAUCAUCAUCAUCGGCAGCAAAACCAUCAGCACCACCAUCAUCGGCAACAAAAUCGAUUAGAUCACGGCCACCAUCAACGACAACAACAUCAUCAUCAUCAGCUUUACAGCAAACUUCCGGCGAUAUGAAUGAAAAUCCAGCCAUUAUUGUUGGUGAUGAACAACAACAGCAGCCAUCGACAUCAACGGAUACUGUUCAGGAAAUAUCCAACGAAGAUGAAAAUGAUAUUGGUGGUGAUUCCGGUAAUCAACAAAUUCCAAAAGACGAGGUUGUCCAAUCAACAAAUGACGAUUAAACAUUUUACAUAUUUACAACAGCAACAACAACAAAAUUCUUUAUGUUCCUGGAUCACACACAGCAUAGAUGUUUAUACAAAACCGGAAAA